UAAACACAGUAUUGUAGGAUCCUAAGCAAACAAUCAAUUUCCCUUUAUAAAACGAACUCAUCCAGUCAUCCGUCAACUUCUUCAUCAAAACCUCAAAACUCAAACAUCAACAGCUUCAAAAUCUGUCUCCAGAAAAAAAACUCAGAAGUCACAAGAAAAUAAAAGAAAGCAAACACUCAAAAAUCUAAGGAAAGAGAUAAGCCAUGGGAAGAGAUAACGAAGGAAGCCCUCCAGUUCCACUACAUCUCUGCGUCUUCGUUUUCAUCCUCUUAAUGUUCGUAACGAUUUCAUGGUAUGCGAGCUAUGAACCAGUUAUAGAAGGUUUUACGGACCAGCUCAAGCUUGCUCUCAUGGCUUCUCCUCUGCUUUUGCUCUUGGCCGUUCAUUUUCUAUCCAAUGGUGAAGGAGGAAGGAUGGUGACGUCAUUGAUACCUAUGAAUGAGAGAGAGUCUUUGUAUAGAGCUGGAGGAACGCCGUGGGGAGUGGCAUUCAUGCUUGUCUUCCUCUUCUUCAUGGUUUCGUAUAAGUCUCAGUUUCAAGAACGUUGGUUUCCUCUAAGAUGAAAAAGGAAUCGUGUGUCUUUUUAUUUCACUUUCUUGACUUUCUCAUUGGGUGGUCUAGUAUAGUAGAUGCAUGAUAAUGUAUGUUUAAUCUUUCGUCUUAUUUACCAUACCAUUUUAUUUA